CCGAGCAUGCAGUGCUUCCCCGGGCUGGUGCUGGCGCUGAGCUCGCUGCUGGGCGCCCUGGCGCUGCUGCAGCUCUCGCUGCACCUGCGGGUGCCGUCCCGCUACGGGAAGCACGAGGAGCGGCUGUGCCGGCCGCGGGGCCGGCUGCCGGCGCGCUGCGCCUGGUUCCUGCAGGAGCUGCCCUCCUUCCUAGUGCCCGCGCUGCUGCUGGCGCUGCGCAGCCCGCCCCGCCUCGAGCCGCUCGGCUGCCGCCUCCUCUGCUGCCUCUUCUGCUGGCACUACUUCUACAGGACAUUUAUUUACCCUUUCUUCACUAGAGGCAGACCUUUCCCACUGCAAUUGCUUUUCUUUGGCAUGUUAUUCUGUAUCUAUAAUGGCUUCCUCCAGGGGUACUACCUGAUUUACUGCGCUGAAUACCCAAACGAUUGGUGCACCGACAUCCGAUUUACAUCAGGCCUCCUCUUAUUUCUGCUGGGAAUGGGAAUCAACAUUCACAGUGAUCUCCUGCUGCGCCAGCUGAGGAAACCCGGGGAAGUCACAUACAAGAUUCCUCAAGGAGGACUGUUCACCUACGUUUCUGGAGCCAACUACUUUGGAGAAAUUGUGGAAUGGUUUGGUUUUGCCAUUGCAACCUGGUCCCUACCAGCCUUCGCCUUUGCCUUUUUCACUCUCUGCUGCAUUGGUCCACGUGCUUAUCACCAUCACAGGUAUUACCUCAAGACAUUUACGGACUAUCCAAAAUCAAGGAAAGCCUUGAUUCCUUUUGUUUUUUAAUGACUGAAAUAUGGACUCUUUGUUUUGUUUUUAUAGGAUUUUUUUUUCCAAUUCCUAGUUUUAAUGCUAGGUCUGACUAUAAUUAAUUGUAUAAAUGAUAUCCCAGGAUUGUAACAGACAAGAAGGUAAUUUGGAAUGGAAGUUCUUGUUUUAAUUAGAGGGGAAAUUGCAGAUAGUUGUGGGCAAAAGGACUCCCCAAC